AUGAAAUUUGGGAGAAGGGGAUGGAAUGGGAGAAGGGGAUGGAAUCUGGGAGAAGGGGAUGGAAUCUGGGAGAAGAGGAUGGAAUCUGGGAGAAGGGGAUGGAAUCUGGGAGAAGGGGAUGGGAUCAGGGAGAAGGGGAUGGAAUCGGGGAGAAGGGAUGAAAUCUGGGAGAAGGGGAUAGAAUUUGGGAGAAGGGGAUGGAAUUUGGAGAAGGGGAUGGAAUCUGGGAGAAGGGGAUGGAUUCUGGGAGAAGGGGAUGGAAUCUGGGAGAAGGGGAUGGAAUCUGGGAGAAGGGGAUGGAAUCUGGGAGAAGGGGAUGGAAUCUGGGAGAAGGGGAUGGAAUCUUGGAGAAGGGGGAGAAGGGGAUGGAAUCUGGGAGAAGGGGAUGGAAUCUGGGAGAAGGGGAUGGAAUCUUGGAGAAGGGGAUGGAAUGAGGGAGAAGGGGAUGGAAUCUGGGAGAAGGGGAUGGAAUCUGGGAGAAGGGGAUGGAAUCAGGAAGAAGGGCAUGAAAUUUGGGAGAAGGGGAUGGAAUCUUGGAGAAGGGGAUGGAAUUUGGGAGAAGGGGAUGGAAUCUGGGAGAAGGGGAUGGAAUCGGGGAGAAGGGGAUGGAAUCUGGGAGAAGGGGAUGGAAUGAGGGACAAAGGGAUGGAAUCUGGGAAAAGGGGAUGGAACCUGGGAGAAGGGGAUGGCAUCUGGGAGAAGCGGAUGGAAUUUGGGAGAAGGGGAUGGAAUCUAGGAGAAGGGGAUGGAAUCUGGGAGAAGGGGAUGGAAUCCGGGAGAAGGGGAUGGAAUAUGGGAGAAGGGGAUGGAAUCAAGAAGAAGGGGAUGAAAUUUGGGAGAAGGGGAUGGAAUCAGGGAGAAGGGGAUGGAAUUUGGGAGAAGGGGAUAGAAUCUGGGAGAAGGGGAUGGAAUGUGGGAGAAGGGGAUGGAAUCUGGGAGAAGCGGAUGGAAUCGGGGAGAAGGGGAUGGAAUCUGGGAGAAGGGGAUGGAAUGAGGGACAAAGGGAUGGAAUCUGGGAAAAGGGGAUGGAAACUGGGAGAAGGGGAUGGAAUCUGGGAGAAGGGGAUGGAAUAUGGGAGAAGGGGAUGGAAUCUGGGAGAAGGGAAUGGAAUCUGGAAGAAGGGGAUGGAAUCUGGGAGAAGGGGAUGGGAUCAGGGAGAAGGGGAUGGAAUUGUGGAGAAGGGAUGA